UUUUCAGAUUGAAAUUAUUUUUGGAUCGUCGUCCGGAGCUCCUUCUGCCUAGCCUAAAACUGUAUCGGCCAAUCGUAGUGUUUGGUUUUCCUCGUACUUCUGAUCACGUGGUAGUCCUAUGCAAGCCCAAUACACCAAAGUGAUUUUAGAAGCCUGAAAGAGUAAUCUACAGUCGAAGCACAGUCAGCUGCCGAUAGUCCAGUUGGCUAGUCAUAAAUAUUACUUAUCAUCAGUACUAGUUUUUUUUUCAUCCUUUCAGGACCGUUGAGCCCCCCCCAACUCCACCAUGGCCGAUGCCGGAGCUGCUGAUGAGGAAAAGAAGAGGAAACAGGCGGAGACGGAGAGAAAGCGGGCGGAGGUCCGUGCCCGCCUUGAGGAGGCAUCCAAGGCUAAAAAAGCCAAGAAGGGUUUCAUGACUCCAGAUAGAAAGAAGAAGCUCAGAUUGUUGUUGCGUAAAAAAGCGGCUGAGGAACUCAAGAAGGAGCAGGAAAGAAAAGCAGCUGAGAGGAGACGUAUCAUUGAGGAGCGUUGUGGCAAGCCCAAGGACACUGACGAUGUCAGCGAAGAGGACUUGAAGGAGAUUUGCCAAGAGUAUUACGCACGCGUCUACGCGUGUGAGGGUCAGAAGUGGGAUUUGGAGCGUGAAGUACGGAAAAGGGACUAUGAGAUUACCGAACUCAACAGCCAAGUCAACGACCUCCGAGGAAAAUUCAUGAAGCCAGCCCUGAAAAAAGUCUCCAAAUAUGAAAAUAAGUUCGCCAAGCUCCAGAAGAAGGCGGCGGAAUUCAAUUUCAGAAAUCAGUUGAAGCAGGUUAAAAAGAAGGAAUUCACCCUCGAGGAGGAGGAUAAGGAGAAAAAGCCGGACUGGUCGAAGAAGGGCGAGGACAAGAAGAAACAGGAGGAAGCAGCAGCAGCGGCUGACCUAGCGACGCCGACCCCAGAUUUAACAGUAACCUCUGUAACGGAAACUGUAUCGACAUCAGCUGUAUCGACGCCUGCCCCCACACCAUCUCCAAUACCUCCUGAAGUACCUCCAGCACCAACGCCUGAGCCACCCUCGCCUGCACCCUCACCUGCGCCCCCCGCUGACGGCGAAGCCCCUGCGGAAGGACAGCCUGGUGAUGCACCCCCAGCUGAUGGCGCACCACCAGCGGAAGGCGCAGCUCCCACAGGUUGCGGUGGUAUGGGUGGCUGCAAAUGCGGGGAGUUCUGUCAGUGUUGUGUUGGCGGAUGUUCAGGAAAGGGUGCGCUAGUAGCAGCUCUAACUCCAGUUCCACCUGAGCCCUCUCCAUCUCCAGUACCUCCAGCCGAGGGUGCAGAGACAGCACCUCCUGCGGAAGGUGCCCCAGCAGAAGGUGCCCCUCCCGCUGAUGCCCCAGCCCCAGCCCCAGCCCCCGAAGGAGAAACUCCGGCACCUCCGCCAGCGGAACCAGCGCCUGCCGAGGCGCCUGCAUCGUAAUUUCGCAAUUAUAACGUUGGCAAUAAUCUCUCUCGAGGAAUUCCCCAUCUGCACUAGUCCAGCUUAUAUUAUGAACUCAGCCCGAGGAAUUGAGAUGAUGUAUGUGCCAACUGGACACACUGAUACAUCGCCAUAGGUUCUUCCACUCUAAUUUCUUGGACGUCACUCGGUAAUUUGUCAUCUCUGGCACACAGUCGCAUCACAACUGUCAUACAGUGAAUCUAUCGAAUGUCAUUGUUGUUGCGUAAAUUCCGCGGCAAUGUUGAAGUGAUCGUAUGAUGUCACAUUGCUCGUGCAUUGUAAUGUCAGUAAUACGUCCAACACGACUGAAGCAUUGUUGUCAGUGGGGAAUACAAAAUUAAUUUGGAACAUGUAAUCACUUGAAUGUGCGAAAACUUCAUUAUU